GGACCGGUGCCGAGACGCUGCGCGACCCGGAAGCCGGGUGCGGGGACGAACCGGGGAAGCCCCAGCUGCGCAGGCGCCUGAGGAGUCUCUGACCAGGCCGGCGCCGCUUCCGGGCCAACAUGGCGGCCGCGUGGCUGCUGCUGCGCGCCCUCCGGCAGGGCCAGGGGCCGGGUCCCGGGCGGCCGUGGGGCCCUUGCCUGGGCUGGGGCCUAAGUCCCUACGUCGGGGUCGGGAGGAGGUGGCCGUACUUCGUCCAUAGGACUCCCGUGGGUGUCGCCGAGGCUGGAGGCCGAGUCCUGCAGAGUUUCCAAUUGCAACUGCUAACCCCUACCUUUGAAGGGAUCCAUGGAUUGUUAUUGAAACAGCAUCUUGUCCAGAAUCCAGUGAGGCUCUGGAAGCUUUUAGGUGGCACUUACUAUUUUAAUACCUCAAGGAAGAAGCAGAAGACUAAGGACCAUGAUAAAUCCAAGGGGAGGACCCCUGAAGAUGAUGAAGAGGAGAGGAAACGCAAGGAGCGGGAGGACCAGAUGUACCGUGAGAGGCUGCGCACAUUGUUCAUCAUCGCCGUGGUCAUGAGCCUGCUGAAUGCAUUUAGCACCAGCGGCGGCAACAUUUCCUGGAAUGACUUUGUCAACGAGAUGCUGGCCAAAGGCGAGGUGCAGCGGGUCCAGGUGGUCCCUGAGAGCGACGUGGUGGAAGUGUACCUGCACCCUGGAGCCGUGGUGUUCGGGCGACCUGUGAGUGAUGACAAGGGCACGAGCGUGGAAAGACCUGGAGACGAGUGUGUAUCCUCCUUUUCACUCAGUCCCUGCCCACCCUCAUUUUUUUGGUUGUCAUAUUUUUAUGUCUUCUUAAAAGAAGAUAGGCUGGCUUUGAUGUACCGAAUGCAGGUCGCAAACAUUGACAAAUUUGAAGAGAAGCUUCGAGCGGCUGAAGAUGAGCUGAAUAUCGAAGGCAAGGACAGGAUCCCAGUUUCCUAUAAGCGUACAGGAUUCUUUGGAAAUGCCCUCUACGCCUUGGGAAUGACAGCGGUGGGCUUGGCCAUCCUGUGGUAUGUUUUUCGAUUGGCUGGAAUGACAGGAAGGGAAGGAGGAUUCAGUGCUUUUAAUCAGCUUAGAAUGGCUCGUUUCACGAUUGUGGAUGGCAAGUCGGGGAAGGGAAUCAGCUUCAAGGAUGUGGCAGGGAUGCAUGAAGCCAAACUGGAGGUCAAAGAGUUUGUGGAUUAUCUGAAGAGCCCAGAGCGCUUCCUUCAGCUUGGUGCCAAAGUUCCAAAGGGUGCACUUCUGCUCGGACCUCCUGGCUGUGGAAAGACACUGCUGGCCAAGGCUGUGGCGACAGAGGCCCAGGUGCCCUUUUUGGCGAUGGCUGGCCCGGAGUUUGUGGAGGUCAUUGGAGGCCUUGGCGCUGCCCGUGUUCGGAGCCUCUUCAAGGAGGCCCGCGCCCGGGCCCCCUGCAUCGUCUACAUUGAUGAGAUUGACGCUGUGGGCAAGAAGCGCUCCACCGCCAUGUCUGGCUUCUCCAACACAGAGGAGGAGCAGACCCUCAACCAGCUUCUGGUGGAAAUGGAUGGAAUGGGCACCACUGACCAUGUCAUCGUCCUGGCAUCCACCAACCGAGCUGACAUUUUGGACAAUGCUCUCCUGAGACCAGGCCGACUGGACCGACACGUCUUCAUCGACCUCCCCACACUGCAGGAAAGGCGGGAGAUUUUUGAGCAGCACCUGAAGAGCCUGAAGCUGACCCAGGCCAGCAGCUUUUACUCCCAGCGUCUGGCAGAGCUCACGCCAGGGUUCAGCGGUGCUGACAUCGCCAACAUCUGUAAUGAAGCUGCUCUGCACGCUGCACGAGAAGGGCACACGUCUGUUCACACUUUUAACUUUGAGUAUGCUGUGGAGCGCGUCAUUGCGGGGACGGCCAAAAAGAGCAAGAUCCUCUCAAAGGAAGAGCAGAAGAUUGUUGCAUUUCAUGAGUCAGGCCAUGCUUUGGUUGGCUGGCUGCUGGAGCACACUGAGGCUGUGAUGAAGGUCUCCAUCGCACCUCGGACAAACGCUGCACUGGGCUUUUCUCAGAUGCUCCCAAGAGACCAGCACCUCUUCACCAAGGAGCAGCUGUUUGAGAGGAUGUGCAUGGCCCUGGGUGGCCGUGUGUCGGAGGCCAUCUCCUUCAAUAAGGUCACUUCUGGAGCGCAGGACGACCUGAGGAAGGUUACGCGUAUUGCCUACUCCAUGGUGAAGCAGUUUGGGAUGGCACCGAGCAUUGGGCCCAUCUCCUUCCCUGAGGCUCAGGAGGGCCUUGCAGGCAUUGGUCGGCGCCCCUUCAGCCAGGGUCUCCAACAGAUGAUGGAUCACGAAGCUCAAUUGCUGGUGGCUAAGGCCUACAGGCACACUGAGAAGGUGCUGCAGGACAAUCUGGACAAGCUGCAGGCGCUGGCAGGCGCCCUGCUGGAAAAGGAAGUGAUAAACUACGAGGACAUCGAGGCCCUCAUCGGCCCCCCGCCUCACGGGCCCAAGAAGAUGAUUGUGCCUCUGAGGUGGAGAGAUGCGGAGAGGGAGAAACAAGACACUGGGGAGGAGGAGGCGCCUCCGCAGCCCCCGCUUCGAGGGGAGGAGCCGUCUUAGCCCAAAUAGCUGGGCCUUGUUAAUUAAUGGUGCCAUGGGGACCCAGGGAGUGUUGGUUACUUAGCUGCUCCCCAAGUUCCUUUUCACCGGAGAUUUGAACCUCAUCACCCACCCUGGUCCCUGCUGAAGGCCUUUUAAGAGGUGUUUGUUUCUGUACCUGUGAUUAUAGUAAAGACUGCAGAGG